GAAGAGAAAGCCAUCAAGACACACCCCAGUAAAAGACGCUACAGUGAUGCAACCUCAAGAUAAAAAAUGAGACAGGACAGCUUUAAGAGAGAAACAGGAAGUUGUAACCAGAAUCCAGCUGAAUUCAGAUGCUGUGGCAGUUUGCUGAGAGGCUGCAAAUAAAGCAGAUGUGUUUGUUGUGAAUUUCUGUGCUGUCUAGACUUUCUUUUACCAAAGCAGCCAUUCAGGAUUUAACGUCUCAAGUUUUCUUUAGUAUGGCAUUUUUCAGCUAAUUCUGCGGGGUGAUUGUAGAGUAUUGAAAACAAAUAGCGAUGAAAUGGAGAAGCCAAGGAAAUUAGGGUCAGUGAAAGAUGAGGACCACUUUUAUCACCAGGGUGCUUUGGAGCUGCUGGUCUUUAACUUCCUGCUCAUCCUUACGAUACUCACCAUUUGGCUGUUUAAAAACCACCGAUUCCGCUUUUUGCAUGAAACGGGAGGCGCCAUGGUUUAUGGUCUCACCAUGGGAUUAAUUUUACGGUAUGCUACAGCACCAUCUGAUUUUGAAAGUGGAACCGUCUAUGACUGCGAGAAGCUCAAGGCAGGCUUGCCCACACUGCUUGUCAAUGUAACAAAUCAAGUGUAUGAAUAUCAGUACAAAAGAGAAAUCAGCCAGCAUAAUGUCAAUGCACACCAAGGCAACAUGAUGCUACAGAAGAUGACCUUUGAUCCUUCAAUCUUCUUCAAUGUUUUAUUACCUCCCAUUAUAUUCCACGCAGGCUACAGUUUAAAGAAAAGACAUUUUUUCCGCAACUUAGGAUCCGUCUUAGCAUAUGCCUUUGUAGGGACUGCCAUCUCUUGCAUUGUUAUAGGGUUGAUAAUGUAUGGCUUCGUACAGGCCAUGGUCCAACUUGGCCAGCUGAAGAAAGGAGACUUUCACUUCACUGACUGUUUAUUAUUUGGUUCUUUAAUGUCUGCUACAGAUCCAGUGACAGUCCUGGCUAUUUUCCAUGAGCUUCAUGUUGAUACAGAUCUCUACACCCUCCUCUUUGGUGAAAGUGUCCUAAAUGAUGCUGUGGCUAUAGUUCUCACACAUUCAAUAUCAAUUUACAGUCCCAAGGAGAAUCCCAAUGCCUUUGACGCUGCCGCCUUCUUCCAGUCGGUGGGGAAUUUUCUAGGGAUCUUUGCUGGAUCGUUUGCUAUGGGAUCUGGCUAUGCCAUUGUUGCUGCUUUGUUGACAAAAUUCACCAAGCUGUGUGACUUUCCUAUGUUAGAAACUGGCCUGUUUUUCCUUUUGUCUUGGAGUGCUUUCUUGUCCGCUGAAGCUGCUGGUCUUACAGGUAAGUGCUUCAUAUGGCUGAAUAGGAAGAGAUCCCAGGGGAUCCAAUUACGGAUGGGGGAGAAAUUCACUUCAUUGUUCGAGUUCAUGAACUUUUUGGCUGAGAAUGUUAUCUUCUGUUAUAUGGGAUUAGCAUUGUUCACAUUCCAAAAUCACAUCUUCAAUGCACUGUUUAUAUUUGGAGCAUUUGUGGCAAUUUUCAUAGCAAGAGCCUGUAAUAUAUACCCAAUUUCUUUCAUUCUCAACUUGGGCCGAAAACAAAAGAUUCCCAGGAAUUUCCAACAUAUGAUGAUGUUCUCAGGUUUACGUGGUGCGAUUGCAUUUGCACUGGCUAUCCGGGACACCAACUCUCAGCCUAAGCAAAUGAUGUUGACUACCACCUUACUAAUUGUGUUCUUCACAGUCUGGGUGUUUGGAGGAGGCACCACACCGAUGCUUGCAUGGCUCCAAAUCAGGGUGGGUGUCGAUCCAGAUGAGGAUCUGAAGACAGAAACUGCUACUCAGGCUGCAAAUAACCUGGAAAGAAACACAACCAAAGCAGAAAGCGCUUGGCUCUUCAGAAUAUGGUAUGGUUUCGACCACAAAUAUUUGAAGCCACUUCUCACCCAUUCUGGCCCACCACUUACUACAACUUUACCAGAAUGGUGUAAUCCUGUGGCCAGAUUGCUGACUAGCCCUAAAGCAUAUGGAGAGCAACUGAAGGAUGAUGAUACAGACUUCAUUGUCAGUAACGAUGAACUGUCUGUGACUUGUGCUGCUUCAGACCUUUCUCCAAUGGCAGCACAGAACAGAAUCGACCCUCCCCAUCAUCCAACCAAAGAAAACAUUUACGAAGGAGACUUGGGCUUAGGAGGAUAUGAACUCCAGCCUGAAUCAACUCCAAGUCAAUCCCAGUUGGUGUCCUCAGCCUGAGGUCCAGCGAACAUGUAUAUCGCAAGCAUCAAAAGGAGCACAGAAGGCAUGGAAACCAUGUUUAUUAUGCAGAGCUUGAAAAUGUAUUAAGGGCAUAAACGGAGAAGAAGCAAAGCCUUGCUGAAUCUAUCCCUGGAGCCUGGAGGAAUGAGAAUUUAUUACCAUCCCUAUAUAUUAUACAACUACAUUUAAUUUUUCUGACAGUGGCAAUUUUUAAUAAUGGAAUCGAGGGCACCGUCUGUCUGCUACUGGGACAUUACAUAUGCACUCAUAGUCUCUGAUCAUGCUUCAUCGUUCCCAUUCCUAUCUCACAUGCACACAAAGGCCUUUGAAUGUUAUUCUUCUAAUUAAUUCAAUAGAGAGAAGGAUGAGGAUUUAGUUAACUACAGUACAUGCUCCAGAGAUCACAACCAUUUUGAUGUUGUUGCUCCCUUGCCUGUAUACUAUCCUAUGAUGUCAGGGGGACAGUUCUUCCAUAUUUCAGGCUGGGGGGGUUACUAUUACUGUUGCAAGCUUUACAUAUAUUUCAGUCAAUGGCAGUUUGCCAGCAAUGGGUUAACAACGUUGCACAUAAUAACUGGGCAUUGAUAUAUGAACUGCUAAGGCCUGCACAAAUCACUAACUAGGGCCUUGUUGUUGUUUUGAUUGAGGAUGAUCGGUGGUAUAGACAGCAAUUACACUUCCUUCCCCCAGUCAAUUGUUGCUGCCCCUCUACAGUAGAUUCAUAAUACAAAGCCCAUGUGCUAUCUUUUCUUCCCUGGUGUCCUGUGUUGACUUCAGGAAUGUGGAAAGAGAGGGAGAGAAAGACUGCAA